AUACUCGAAGCAGCAUAGUUGAUCUAUCCAUGAGAUCGACUGGGCAGCCUAACUGAGACAUGCCGAAGAAAAAAUAAUCGAGGGCUAACUAAUUUUGUGAUUAUGAUCUAUGAGCUCAUAGCAGACUUAAAAGGUGGGAUGCCCGAUUUCUAGAGGCUAUGGGUGGCCUGUUUAUUUUUUCACCUUCUUUUUAGGUCUUUCUCUUGUGAGUACAGAGACAUACACAACAAUGGCUGAAGUCGCCCAACCCAGACGCUCAAGAAGGUUCUCCUUCUCACGACGGCCCCAGAGUAUAGCCGUCACAGAGGAACCCAAGUCUCACCCGCCAGUAACCACAAUUGGCUUUCCAAUAGAUGCAAUUCCGCUAAAUCAGGACAAUCAGCAAGAACGUCCGACGUCGUCAUGGAGGAAUGCCUUUAGACGAUCACAGUCAGUUGAUCGGACUAAUAGUAGAGCGCCUUCUUCAGAUCGUCGGGCCUCGCGUCGCUUGGUGAAGAAGCAACAGCCAGGAAGAGAUACUAGCGUGUCAUCGCAAGCUCCGACGUUGCCGAAUGUGCCUUUGCUAUCGAAUAUAUCCACGCGCAUUCAAAGUCGGCGUGCCAGUGUGUCGAAUAGUGACAGACCGGAAGCUGUGGAAGUACCACAUACGGACCUGCCCUCCCAAUAUGGAUACGACAGAAUUAGCAGCAACACGAGGCACGGACAGAGAGAACAGCAGAAAAAUGAUCAACCCUCAGAGAAGGAUCUCCCUCAGGCACCGGCGACUCCUACCCUGCGAAGAGUCGGUAGUCCAUUUUAUCUUACUGCAUCUGACAAAGCGGCAGCCACAUCUUACGAUGCCGUGGCGAGUAUGGAGCAGAGACCUAGUCUGGACACCACGCAGGAUGAUUCCAUGAUCCCUCAUUCCCUACGAGUUGGUCGGUCAAAGAUGGAGAGUCAAGAUAGGGCAACCUCACCAAUACAGGGAAACCCGUCUUAUCAUAGUUUGCCUAGGUACAGUCCGUCGGAUGCUCCGGCACAACAGGUCAAUUACGACAGCAUCUCUUCUCUUGUGAAGGGACUCAAUGUGUCAAAAGAGGCCGUUUCGGAACAACGGCUGUCAGUUGACGUUGAUAAGCGCAAUGAACGAAUCAAAAAUCUACGACCACUAAAGACAAUGUCUCCACGAGCCCAUCAUGCCAAAACCCCAUCAUCGUCUUCAGCUUCAUCAUAUGGAUCAUCCGCGUUCUCAGCAAUGGGCGAACCAGCUACCCCCGUCAGCUCAAAUGCGUCCACUUCCAAUUUCGAAACAAUCAGCAGCAACAACAGCAAAAAGGAAAUCCCGCGAAACACCAUGUCACCCAAACACGACAAAUAUCUCGCCAAGAUCUUCGUCAUCUGCUGCCACUGCAACUACUGGCACGACGUGCCGUCCGGCAUGUACGCUCAAAUGAACCCUCAAGUUCACGGUCUUCCCGAUCAUCUAGUCAGGCGCGUUCGUCGUCGAAAUCGUCAGCAUCAAAACAAUCCUUAUUCUCAGAACGAUCGUCUUCUGCGUCAGGACCGUCGUCUUCACCCAAGGCUACGGUCAAGUGUUCAUGGUGCCAGCAUGAGAUGGCAAAAUCAUGUUGCACCAGUUGGACUACGAUGGUUCAUUUGA